AAUCAAUUGCAAUAUUUAACUAAUUAUCCCCAUUUUAAGCCCUUUAUAAAAUCCUAGGUAGCUCGAAUAUAACACUGAGUUGUUAACACUUUAAUCCAAUAAACAUAAACAUCGUAACUUUCAAAACAUUACAAAAAAAAUCGAUCAUUUAAUAUUGCGUUACUUGUUAAAAAUAUACCCAUAAUAUUCAGUGUGAUAAUACUACAAUAAAACUUCGUUUCUAAGUUUUCAACCGAACAAGAUAAUGCGAAUUUAUUUAAACUGUUUUCAAUGUAACAAAAAUGGGUCCACCAAAAAAAGUGAAGAAAUAUGAUUCAAAAACCAGCAAUGACAGAUCAGGUAAAAAGAAGAAAAUUGAAGAAGAUAAUAUGACUAUAGACUUGGUAGAUGAAGACAAUGCUACAGAGAAUGAUGGUGUUCCUGGAGCUGCAAUGCAGGAUGCUGAGAAAAAUGAUCAAGUACCUGAAGAUGAAUUUGGUGCUAAAGAUUACAGGAGUCAAAUGUCAUUAAAGCCAGAUAAUUCAAGUCGACCUUUGUGGGUAGCGCCAAAUGGUCACAUAUUUUUGGAAGCAUUCUCGCCAGUCUACAAACAUGCACAUGAUUUUUUAAUUGCUAUAGCAGAGCCAGUAUGCAGGCCACAACACAUUCAUGAAUAUAAACUGACAGCAUACAGUUUAUAUGCAGCCGUGUCUGUUGGUUUGCAAACAACAGACAUAAUAGAGUAUCUCCAGAGAUUAAGCAAAUGUGCUGUACCUGCUGGCAUUGUAGAAUUUAUUCAACUCUGCACACUGUCAUAUGGCAAGGUCAAACUUGUUCUCAAACAUAACAGAUAUCUAGUGGAAAGUAAACAUGUCGAAGUAUUACAAAAGUUGCUGCGCGAUCCAGUGAUCCAGGAGUGCAGGUUACGGCGCGAUGGAGAAGAGGAUCUUCUAACUUCCGCACUCCCCAACAAACCUGCAGAUGCUACCGGUGCAGCGAGACCUGGUGAAGAAAAACCAGCAGCGAAUGGUAGUGUUCCCGAUGACAUCAGUCAGUUUUAUCAACAACUUGACAAAGAUGAUGAGGACGAGGAGACCACAGAUAUUGCAGCCAACACUGCUGUCGCAUUUGAAGUCGAUCCAGAUAAAAUUGAGGUUAUACAAAAAAGAUGUAUUGAACUGGAACAUCCUCUACUGGCUGAAUACGAUUUCCGUAAUGAUUCCAUAAAUCCUGACAUAAAUAUUGAUCUAAAACCAACAGCAGUGUUGCGACCUUACCAGGAGAAGAGUCUAAGAAAAAUGUUUGGCAAUGGACGUGCUAGAUCGGGAGUUAUAGUACUGCCGUGCGGCGCGGGCAAGUCGCUGGUGGGCGUGACGUCAGUGUGCACGGUCCGUAAGCGCGCGCUCGUUCUGUGCAACUCUGGAGUUUCAGUCGAGCAAUGGAAGCAGCAGUUCAAGUGCUGGUCCACUGCCGACGACAGCAUGAUAUGCAGAUUUACGUCGGAGGCAAAGGACAAGCCGAUGGGCGCGGGCAUCCUAAUCACUACAUACUCGAUGAUCACGCACGGCCAGCGGCGCUCGUGGGAAGCGGAACAAACCAUGAAGUGGCUGCAGGCGCAGGAGUGGGGACUUGUCGUACUUGACGAGGUGCACACGAUCCCUGCUAAGAUGUUUCGCCGCGUCCUCACCAUCGUGCAUUCCCACGCCAAACUAGGUUUAACCGCAACUCUUCUCCGUGAGGAUGACAAGAUCGCGGACCUAAACUUCCUGAUCGGACCGAAGUUAUACGAAGCUAAUUGGCUCGAGCUGCAGGCUGCCGGUUACAUCGCUCGCGUCCAAUGUGCCGAGGUCUGGUGCCCAAUGACACCGGAAUUCUAUCGAGAAUAUCUUAUACAAAAAAUAAACAAGAAAAUGUUACUAUACGUAAUGAAUCCAUCAAAGUUCAGGGCGUGUCAGUUCCUCGUACGAUACCACGAGCGUCGCGGGGACAAGACAAUCGUGUUUUCAGACAACGUCUUCGCACUACGACAUUACGCUGUCAAGAUGAAUAAACCCUACAUUUACGGGCCUACAUCGCAGAGCGAAAGGAUACAGAUCUUACAAAACUUUAAGUUCAACCCAAAAGUAAACACUAUAUUUGUCAGUAAAGUAGCUGAUACAAGUUUUGAUUUGCCAGAAGCGAAUGUAUUGAUACAAAUAUCAUCACACGGUGGCUCUCGCCGGCAAGAAGCUCAACGAUUAGGUCGUAUAUUACGAGCAAAGAAAGGUGCCUUGGCGGAAGAAUAUAAUGCAUUUUUCUAUACCCUAGUAUCACAAGACACUUUAGAAAUGGCUUACAGUAGAAAGAGGCAAAGGUUCCUUGUCAAUCAAGGGUAUAGUUACAAGGUUAUAACAGAAUUAAAAGGCAUGGACCAAGAGCCGGAUCUACUGUACGGCUCACGGGAGGAGCAAGGCAUGCUAUUACAACAGGUGCUGGCGGCAUCCGAGACGGAGUGCGAGGAGGAGCGCGAGGGCGGCGUGGGCGGCGCGGGGGGCGCGCGGCGCUCCGCCGGCAGCCUCGCCUCGCUGGCGGGCGCCGACGACGGCCUCUACCUCGAGCACCGCCGCACCGCGCUGCAGAACAAGCACCCGCUCUUCAAGAAAUUUAGAUACUAACCUUUCCAUCACAAAACUAGUGUACGAGACUGUGUCUUGUCGCCGUACGUGAAACUAUGUAACUCGAAUUUCGUAGUUUCGAGAUAUUAAUUAUGAACAAUAAAUCGUUCAAUAGUCUCAAAACUACAAUAUUUGUGUGUUUGUAUGUCAUACGUUGGUUAAAAAGCUUUUUAACCACCGAUUAUUCUGGAAAGUUGCAAUAGUAUAAUAUAGAAAUACGAUGCCAUUGAAUCGUCAUUUAAAUUCUUUUAUUGUAUUCACAAUAUUCUUCAUAUAUUUUGUUUGAUUAAUAUCACUUUCCAGAUUGAACUAGUGAUACUUCUGUUUAUUAAUAUAAAGUUAAAAAUGUCCCAGCAAAUAACUUCUUUAGUUUUGUAUUAUUUUCAAUCGUACUGAGAUAUUAAUUUUCUUUUACUAUAAGCGUUAUCUGAUUAAUAUUAAUGAUCUAAGUUAACGCACACAGAAAAAUGUAAUAAAUAUUUUGAUAUAUUUUUUUUUUUUAUUUCUACAUCAUUGAUGAGUCAUUCCUACAUGGUAUCUGCCAUUUUUUCUUACCAAUUUAAAGCAUUAGAUUGAUACCCUCUGAUUACUUAUGGACAGCAUGGUAUAAUAUUAAAUUCGUGUGUAUGUUAUAAACUCAAUAUAGUAUAGAAAAAAAUUACUAGUGUUUAUCCUAUGCCUAAUUUAUACAUAUGUCUGUGAUUUGUAUAAUAUAAGACUACAUCGUUUUUUCUAGAAUUUUAUAUGAUAACU